AUGUCGGCUACAACGACGUCGGCCGCCGCGGCUGUUACGAGCGCGCAUCCUCAGGGCGGCAUCAUCGAGGGCCUCAACCCCAUCCACUACAACCCGAAGGACCCAAUCUCCCUCUUCAUCAUCCAGGCCAUCAUCAUCAUUGUGUUUUGUCGCCUGCUCCACUACCCCCUCUCCAAGUUUGGCCAGCCUCGCGUCAUCGCAGAGGUCAUUGGCGGCAUCGUCCUGGGUCCGUCCGUCAUGAUGCGCAUUCCCGGCUUCAAGGAGAACAUCUUUCCCACCGAGUCGAUGCCUGUCUUGACCAAUGUCGCUACCCUCGGAUUGCUGCUCUUCCUCUUCCUCGUCGGCCUCGAAGUCGAUACCCGAAUGUUCAAGACAAACUGGCGCGUCGCUCUUAGUGUGGGCCUCGCGAGCAUGAUUAUCCCAUUCGGUCUUGGUGUCGCUGUGGCCUGGGGCCUGUACAAGGAGUAUGGCAACGAGGGCCACAAGGAGGAUAUGGAGUUUGGCACUUUCGCCCUCUUUAUCGGUACUGCCCUGGCUAUCACUGCCUUUCCCGUCCUCUGUCGUAUCCUGUCUGAGCUCCAGCUUCUUGGAACUUCGGUCGGUGUGACAGUGUUGGCGGCCGGCAUUGGCAAUGACGUUACUGGCUGGGUUCUGCUCGCCCUGAGCGUUGCCCUUGUCAACAACGCCAAUGGCCUCACAGCCCUCUACGUCUUUUUGACUGCCGUUGCAUGGGUCCUCUUCCUCGUGUUUGCAGUCCGGCCUGCAUUCCUUUGGGUCUUGCGCCGAACCGACAGCAUCCAGAACGGCCCAUCCCAGGGAAUCACGGCCUUGACUCUGCUUCUGGUCUUGGCGUCGUCUUGGUUCACUGCUGCUAUUGGUGUUCACGCCAUUUUUGGUGCUUUCCUCAUUGGAGUUAUAUGUCCCCACGAUGGUGGUUUUGCCAUCAAACUUACUGAGAAGAUUGAGGAUCUGGUGGGAUCGCUUCUGCUCCCUCUCUAUUUUGCUCUUUCUGGUCUCAACACCAACUUGGGUCUGCUUAACGAUGGCAAGACUUGGGGAUAUGUCAUUGCUGUUAUUCUUUGCGCCUUUUUCGGCAAGAUCUUUGGUGGUUCUGUGGCUGCGCGUUGGUGUCAUUGUCUUUGGCGGGAGAGCUUCACCAUCGGUGUGCUGAUGAGUUGCAAGGGUCUCGUCGAACUGAUUGUCCUGAACAUCGGACUUCAGGCAGGCAUCCUCUCACCCCGAACAUUCACCAUGUUCGUGGUUAUGGCUCUGGUAACCACCGUCUCGACUACGCCCCUGACCAGAUGGCUCUACCCUUUGUGGUACCGUCAGAAGGUGGACAAGUGGCGCCGCGGCGAGAUUGACUGGGACGGAACUCCCAUCGCCACCGAGGCCCAGGCUUCUGAGCACAAGAUGGAGGAGGCUUUGGACAAGUCGCAGACCAACCGGGUUAUCCUGCAUCUUCGUCUGGAUGCUCUGUCUGGCCUGUUCAACCUGGUUUCCCUGCUUGGAGGUUCUAGGAAGGCGUCGAACAUCGCCAACACGGAAGCCGAUGAUGCUGAAGGCUCGGCUGCUGUGGCUGUGGACGACAAGCCUCGACACCUACCUCGUCGCCCUCUCGAGGUUCGUGGAAUCCGUCUCAUGGAGCUUACCGAUCGUACAUCGUCCGUCAUGCAGUCUACCGAGGUUGCCGAGUUCACUUCUCGUGAUGCCGUUUUCUCGGCUUUCCAGACCUUUUCUCGCCUCAACGGUGUCGCCGUCGCUGGCCAGGUUUCCAUCAUUCCCACGUCGGCUUACGCUGAGACUCUCGCCAAGUGCGCCGAGGAGGCCAAGUCUGACUUUAUGCUCAUUCCCUGGAGUACAUACGGUGGUCUUGCUGAGGAGAACUCUGGUGCUGCGCUGUCCGAUAACGAUAACCCGAAUGAUCGCUUCUUCAACAGGACCUAUGUCGACUACGUCCAGAGCGCCCUUGAACGAUCAACCUGCACCACCGGUGUCUACAUCAGCCGAAGCCUGGAUGACAACGCCCUCUCCAAGAGGCCGACUCUUACCCGUCGAGCCCUCACCGGACUCUCAGUCCAUAGCGACCACGGCUCACCUGCAGUCCAGAACCCAGUGGAUCAGAACCAGCACAUUUUCGUGCCCUUCAUCGGCGGCGAGGAUGAUCGCGCCGCUCUCCUCUUUGUUCUUCAGCUUGCCCACAACCCUCAUGUGUCCAUCACGGUCGUUCACCUUGGCUUUAGCGAAGAUGACCCCGAUUUGCACAGCCCCGACAGCACCCCUUCGAGCAGCAAUGACAUUAGCAAGGCUGCGGUCGGAAUCCCUUCUGCGAGCGACAUGGAUCUUCUGAGCACCGCCAAGAAGAACGCUUCUGGCACCCUCGAGGGUCGUGUCACCUUUAUCGAGGUUUCCGUCGACUCAGUCCGCCAGCUGCCCGAUCGUGCUGUCGCUCAGGCUCGCGAGGUCGUCGGCAAGUCCAGACUCAACGUGGGAGACCUGGUUGUUGUCGGACGAUCCCACCCAUUCUUCGACAACCUUCUCGUCGACGACCUGGGCGUUGAGCGCGAGUUCCAGCGAACCGUGGGUGUUCUCGGCGACCGCUUCGCCCGUGCCGGCAUCGACGCUGGCCUGUUGGUUAUUCACGACAAGCAAGCCAAGGCUUGA